ACUGUGCGUGGUGUUGCCUGCGUGCUAGAUCCAUUACGGUAUUCACGGCUCUUGCAGUGGAGCAGAGGAGCCUGAUGGAUGCGGAGAUAAAAAGCAGAACGAGGACAAGGGAAGCGCAGAUUGCUACAAAUGCCGACUUCAGCAGCAGCUUGUUUUUCACUAUAGCAAAGACCAGUAUUUAGAUUUUUUUUUUAAGGCUUAUUCUUUUUUUUGUAUCUCUUACCUUCAGCCUGGCUGAAGUUAUCUUUGAAUUCCUUCAGUACAGAUUUCAUGUGAAGGCAUAGUGUUUGUUUCAAGUCACAGGAGCUUUUUUCAUCAUGUUGAGGAAGAGCUCAGAGCGGCUGAAGGGAGACAGAGAGGUCCUCCUGGAUCUGGAUACUAGGGCUGAAGCGCAAACCACAGAGAGCUAUGGGAGCCUGCAGAAUGGGAGCUUUAUCCCCCCACGAUAUCUUUCAGCUGCAGCUGCUGAUGGAGAUAUGGAUGGCGAUGAUCCCAUUUAUAUGCAGUCUACUACAAGAAGUAAGCAACCAGUGCCACAGUUGGGGAAUUACUUCAGAGACGGGAGAACUAAGAUUGACUUUGUGCUGGUGUGGGAGAUUCGUUCACGGAGGAAGCGGCGAGGGAAAGGGACAAAUAUGGCUACCAGUGAGGAGGGGGAAGCCAUUCCCACUGAGGAGAGCAGCAGGUCUGAACGAAGGAAAGCACAACUGGCUCAGUGGAGAGAGAAGUUUGUUCAGAACUUGGAGAGUGUUGGCUUGGUCAUGGAAAAGGAGGAAACUGCAAAUGAAAAGAAGACCAUACACUUUCUCAAAAUUAGCGCCCCCUGGGAUGUGUUGGUGUGUUAUGCUGAGGAGCUUUGCCUUAGAGCUCCACUGCAAGCACAGCAGCAUCUAGACCUCAACACAUCUGCUCGGGUACUGAGUAAACUAUGCAUACCUAACGUAAUGACGGAGUCAGUGCCAAACAGGCCUCUGGACUAUUACACAUGUGCCUUUCGCAAGUCAAAGAUGAGCAGAUUCCUUGGCUGGGAAGAUCACGAUACAUAUUUCACAAAUACUCAGAGGCACCGUGUUGUCUAUGAGAUUCUUGCCAGGACAGCAUAUGGGAAAAGGAAGAAGGCUGAAGUCGGAGUGGACAGACUGUUAAAUGAAGGGGCGUACACAGCAGCUUUCCCGCUGCAUGAGGGGCCCUUUCAGCUUCCAAAGCACGAGGUCCGACCUGACGAGCUGAACCAGAGGCAGGUUCUCUACUACUACUGGGCCCGCUGGUGCAAAUGGUACAAGUAUCAACCACUGGACCAUAUCAGGGAGUACUUUGGAGAGAAGAUUGCACUCUACUUUGCCUGGCUGGGUUUCUACACAGCCUGGCUGCUGCCGGCAGCAGUGGUCGGGACUCUGGUCUUUGUGUCUGGAGUGAUGUCCAUGGGUACCAACACACCAGCGGAGGAAAUCUGUAACAGUGGAGCUAGCUAUACCAUGUGUCCACUCUGCAAAACAUGUAAGGCCUGGAACAUGUCUGAGAUCUGCACCUUGACGAAGCUGGGAUACUUAUUUGACCAUCCAGGUACAGUGUUUUUCAGUGUGUUCAUGUCAUUCUGGGCUGUAACCUUUCUGGAGUACUGGAAGAGAAAAAUGGCCACUCUGGCACAUCACUGGGACUGUAUGGACUUCCAUGAAGAGGAGGAGCGUCCUCGGCCGGAGUUUGCAGCCAUGGCCCCUACUAUGGAGCAAAAUCCAGUGACUGGGGUCAAAGAGCCAUACUUUCCUGAAAAAACCAGGCUGUCUCGCAUGUUCACUGGCUCCAUGGUUAUCAUAAUGAUGCUGUGUGUGGUGAUGAUCUUCCUGGUGACGGUGGUCGUGUGCCGUGGUAUCAUCAGUGUGGUGAUAUUUCAUUCUGGGAGCCCUGUGCUCCGGACAGAGGCAGGGACCAUAGCCAACAUCUCCAGCAGUAUUGUAAAUCUGGGGCUCAUACUGCUGAUGGGCCAGGUCUACACUGCAUUAGCUGAGCAGCUCACUAAAUGGGAGAUGCACAGAACACAAACCCAGUAUGACAACGCUUUCAUCUUCAAGGUGUUCAUCUUCCAGUUUGUCAACUUCUACUCGUCUCCCUUUUAUGUGGCUUUCUUUAAAGGAAGGUUUGUGGGUUACCCUACCAACUACGGGACCUUGUUCGGGAUGAGAAAUGAAGACUGUGGUGCUGGGGGUUGCCUCAUUGAAUUGGCUCAACAACUUUUCAUCAUAAUGGUGGGAAAACAGCUCAUCAACAACGUUCAGGAGUUCAUCCUACCUAAAGUGAAGGCCUGGCGCCAGAAGAGAACUCUGGCAAAGGUGCUGGGUGGCAAGGCAUCCCAUGAGCCUCGGCGCUGGGAAGAGGAUUACCAGCUGGUUGAGUGUGAGGGCCUGUUCGAAGAGUACCUGGAGAUGGUGCUCCAGUUUGGGUUCAUUACCAUCUUUGUGGCGGCGUUCCCCCUCGCUCCGCUCUUCGCCCUCCUUAACAACUGGGUGGAGAUUCGUUUGGAUGCACACAAGUUUGUGUGCGAGUACCGCCGGCCGGUGGCUGAACGUGCACAAAACAUCGGAGUGUGGUUUAACAUACUGGAAGCUUUGUCACACCUGUCUGUCAUUGCCAAUGCUUUCCUAAUAGCGUUCACUUCAGAUUUUUUACCUCGCCUGCUGUAUCAGUACAAAUUUGACAAUGAUCUCAACGGAUACGUCAACUUCACCCUGGCUUACGCCCCACUCAACUACACAGAGUACCCUAUGUGCAGAUACAAAGCAUUCAGAGACAACAAUGGAAACUACACACUGUUUUACUGGGAACUCCUUGCAGUCAGACUUGGCUUUAUUAUUGCAUUUGAGCACGUGGUGUUCUUCGUGCUGCGAGCCAUUGACUGGAUUGUACCCGAUGUUCCCGAGUCCCUGGAGCUGAAGAUGAAGAGGGAGCGCUACCUGGCUAAGCAAGCUCUGGCUGAAAACCAGGAGGCCCUGUUGGUGAGUCGAGCCCGAGCGGCUGCCGCUGCCACUCCAGGCACCUCCAGCCCAGUGACACGUCCCUUGGAAACAUGAGUUAGGAUUCCUCUGUGGAAAAGAAGCGGGACUGAACGCUGGUGGAAUAUGAGACUUUCCUUUGUAUCUCGGAUAAGUGAAAUUUUC